AUGUCUUCUUCAAGGGCUGUCAAGGCAUGUCUGCAGCGUAACGUCGCUCGACAAAAUAUUUCCAGGAUUGCGAUUCAAUGUCCGCGAAUUCUUCAACAGUCUUCUACACAUCCCACAUUACGACCCCGCAUUGCCUCAUCACUAAUCGCUGGUCAGAGACGUGUCUUUUCUCUUACAGUCCCCCGUCGGUUGGCAGACGUCAAUAAUGAUUUCGAUCCAAAGUCGGUGGAGAGGGAAUCCGAUCAGGUCGAUGUAUGUAUAGUUGGAGGAGGUCCUGCUGGUUUAAGUGCUGCAAUUCGAUUGAAGCAACUUGCAAAUGAAGCAGGUAAUGAAGAUUUUCGAGUAAUACUUUUGGAGAAGGCUGGUGAAAUUGGCGCACAUAUACUUUCUGGGGCUGUCAUUGAACCUACGGCUAUCAACGAAUUGUUUCCGGAUUGGCUCGCAGAGGACAAUGAGAAUAAAUUCGAAAAUGUUACUCCAGUGUCGGGCGACAAGAUGCGAUUCCUUACAAAGGGCAGUUCAAUUCCAAUACCCGCGCCACCGCAGAUGAACAAUCAUGGCAAUUACAUCGUCAGUCUUAAUCAAUUCACAAAAUGGCUUGGGGACAGAGCAGAGGAAGUUGGUGUUGAGGUGUAUCCUGGAUUCGCAGGCGCAGAAGUGUUAUAUGCGACGGAUGGAUCUGUCAAAGGUGUCGCCACCAAUGAUUUGGGUAUUUCAAGAAGUGGCAAACCUAAAGAUAGUUUUGAAAGAGGAAUGGAAUUUCACGCAAGAAUAACCCUGUUCGCGGAAGGUUGUCAUGGAAGUCUUACGAAGCAAGUCAUCAAGAAAUUCGAUCUUCGUAGAGAUAGUCAACCACAAACUUAUGGUCUUGGUAUAAAAGAGGUAUGGGAAAUCCAACCGGAAAAGUUCAAGAAGGGCCAAGUUGUUCACUCUUUGGGCUAUCCUCUCCCGGCAGACACUUAUGGUGGUGGUUGGAUGUAUCAUUUCGGCGAAAAUCUAGUCAGUAUCGGACUUGUAGUUGGUCUUGAUUAUCCAAAUCCUUGGCUGUCGCCAUAUCAAGAGUUUCAAAAGAUGAAGCAUCAUCCUCUUUACAAGGACGUUUUGGAGGGCGGCAAAUGUAUUUCUUAUGGAGCUCGAGCUCUCAACGAAGGAGGAUUUCAGUCGAUACCGAAGUGCGCAUUCCCUGGUGGGGCUUUAAUUGGUGAUACUGCAGGAUUCCUCAACGUUCCAAAGAUUAAGGGUACUCACACAGCCAUGAAAUCGGGAAUGCUCGCUGCGGAAGCAACAUGGACCGCAUUGGAGAAGAAUGAUGAGAGCUCAGUUUUCCUAUAUGAUUAUGAAGAUUCGUUACGGAAAUCAUACAUCUGGAAAGAAUUGAAGGAGGUCCGAAAUAUGCGACCAUCAUUCCAUUCACCAUUAAAGCUAUACGGUGGUAUUAUGUACUCUGGAUUCGAAGCUUUCAUUCUCAAGGGUAAAGUCCCUUGGACAUUGAAACAUAAAACCACCGAUGCUGCAGCCACCAAACUUGCCGAUCAAUGUACAAAGAUUGAAUACGAGAAACCUGAUGGAAAGAUCUCGUUUGAUAUUUUGACAAGUGUUAGUCGUACAGGUACAAAUCACGAGGAAGAUCAACCAGUUCAUUUGCAGGUCAAGGAUUGGGAUAAGCAUGCGGAAAUGGAGUAUCCAAAAUACAAAGGCAUUGAAAAUAGAUUUUGCCCAGCGGGUGUGUAUGAAUAUGUUGAGGAUUCAACAAAGGAUAUUGGAGUAAGGUUUCAAAUUAAUGCUCAAAACUGCAUUCAUUGUAAGACGUGUGAUAUCAAGGUUCCGGAUCAGGAUAUCAAUUGGAGUGUACCCGAAGGUUCAGGCGGACCAAAAUAUUAUAUGACUUAG